CCGGAAGUGCCGCCCCAGCCGUCGGUCGCCCGCCCGCCCUUGGGCGCCGCCGGGCCCUAAAAACACCCGUAAGCCUCGGCUCGGCCUCACGUCCUGCCGGCGCCCGGCCCGGCCCUGCCCCUUAGGUGACCGAGGAGCAAGGGCUGCGGUUCGGCAGCCCAGCUUGUGACAGGAGAGGAGGAGGAGGAGCAGGCGAGAGGAGGGCAAGAGGAGGAGGCGGGAGGUGGAGAGACAGGGAGAGGGAGAGGUAGCCUCCCCAGCCCGAGCCGCCGGGGGUUCGUAUUAGCCUGGGGAAGGGGCUCGGGCCCACCUGAGGGAGAGCCGGGAGGGAGGCGGGGGCGGGGGUCCGAGCAGGUGCGGCGGCCGGGCCCCGGAAGGGCGCGGGGGCGAGCGCGGGCCGGGCGGGGACGGCCCUGCCUGAGGAGGUAGACUGAGCCCCGGGAGCCCCGCGGCGGGCCGAGCAGAGCCCCCGGGGCCGCGCCGUGCCCCGCCCCGCCGGGCGCCAGGUGACCCGGGCAGGCCUCACCUGCUCCCAGGGCAGGGCCGGGUAGGAGCCCUGACCGCACCCCCUCCCCCCCUCCCCGGGGCUCGUAGCUAGAAAGGUCCGUAGGCGGGGGGAGUCGGGGAGCGAGCAGCCGAGGCCCGGCCCGGUCCGGGGAUGCCAGCCCCCGGCCCGGCCCGAGAGGCGACGGCGGGCGGGGGCUUUCGGGGGCGGCUGCUUCGCCGGACCACGAGGCUGGCAGGCUUUUUUGGGUGUUUUUGGACAGGAAGCAAAUAGAAAUUGGGCAACUUGGAGCUUCUCGAGGGAGCUGUCUGUGUGAAGUGCCCUUAUUAUGCAGUUAUCGAAGACUUAGGCUUGGGGAAUUUUCCUUUUUUUAAAUUUUUUUGCUACUGCUUGUGUACCCCUGUGUGUUGUAUUGGGGAUCCCCCCCCCCCCAAAAAAGGGUAAAAUGAUGUUGUCCGAGCAAGCCCAGAAGUGGUUUCCAACUCACGUGCAGGUCACCGUGCUUCAAGCCAAAGAUCUGAAGCCAAAAGGCAAAAGUGGCACCAAUGACACAUACACUAUCAUCCAACUGGGCAAGGAAAAAUACUCCACCUCUGUAGCAGAGAAAACUCUUGAUCCAGUUUGGAAAGAAGAGGCUUCUUUUGAGCUACCUGGAUUGCUAAUGCAGGGGAAUCCAGAGAAAUACAUUCUUUUCCUGGUAGUCAUGCACAGGUCUUUGGUGGGUCUGGAUAAAUUUUUGGGGCAGGUGGCAAUCAAUCUCAAUGACAUCUUUGAGGACAAACAGAGAAGGAAAACAGAGUGGUUUAGAUUAGAAUCCAAACAAGGGAAAAGAGCCAAAGACAGAGGAGAAAUAAAGGUCAACAUUCAGUUUAUGAGGAAUAAUAUGACAGCCAGUAUGUUUGACCUAUCAAUGAAGGACAAAACAAGAUCUCCUUUUGCAAAACUAAAAGAUAAAAUGAAAGGUAGAAAGAAUGAUGGGACGUUUUCUGAUACAUCUUCAGCGAUCAUUCCAAGUACUCAUAUACCUGAUGCUAACACUGAACUUUCAAGUAGUGAACUACAGAUGAAAUCCAAACCAAAAAAGCCUUUUCUUUUGGGACCUCAGCGACUCUCUUCAGCUCAUUCAAUGUCCGAUUUAACUGCAUCACAUGUUUCUUCAGAGAAAUUGAAGACUAGUACUAUUGGUCAAACACAUCUUUUCAGGCGCCAGUUAGAGUCUUUUGACUCUGUUGAGGAAAGUGGAAGUCUCAAAUCUCCACACAGAAGAACAUUAAGUGCUGAUACUUCUAAAAUCAACCAACCUGACAGCAUAGUUGAUGAAGGUGAAUCGUCUUUUGGAACACAAAAUGACCCAUUUACAAAUGUGACUGCUUCAUUACCCCAAAAAUUUGCAACACUGCCAAGAAAGAAAAAUCCAUUUGAAGAAAGCAGUGAAUCAUGGGAUAGUGGUGUGAAUGUAUUUUCAAAAUCAGUUGAAGUCAAAAAAGAAAAUAAAAGAGAGAAAAGGGAGAAAGUUAGUCUUUUUGAAAGAGUGACUGGGAAAAAAGAUAGCAGGAGGUCUGACAAACUUAGCAAUGGGGGAUCGGACAGUUCUUGUGACUUGAAAUCACCUAAUGCAUUUGGUGAAAAUCGCCAGGAUUAUUUUGAUUAUGAUUCUACAAACCCGUUUACAACAAACUUCAGGACUACAAACAUGAUGCCAUCUUCUAGUUUUCCUAUGAAACCGACAAGCAGUGAAGAUCUCAGGAAAAUACUGGAUAGCAAUCCUUUUGAUGCCACUGCAGGGUAUCGAAGUCUUACCUAUGAAGAAGUAAUACAAGAACUGGUGAAACACAAAGAACUACUUAAAAGGAAAGAUACCCAUAUCCGUGAACUUGAGGACUACAUUGACAAUCUUCUUGUAAGAGUAAUGGAAGAAACUCCAAGUAUUCUCAGAGUGCCGUAUGAACCUUCCAGAAAAGCUGGCAAAUUUUCUAAGAGUAAAUAAGCCAGUAAUACUGCAUUUCGUAUUUUUAAAAUGCUAGUGGAAGACACUGCACAAUAGGUCUAAAUUUUGUUAUUUUUGUUCCUCUUAAGUUCUCAGAAAUUGUUUUAAACUUAAUAGUGGGGAUUGCUAAAAAAAGUGACCUCUAAAGUGAUCUAAAUAAUAUAAAAUUUUAAAGUAAAAAAGACUAGCAUCUCUAGGGCAUGUAACUUUUCCUUGGGUGUAAAUUAUGUCUCCUCAGCUCACUACCCUACUUCCUGAUUAAUCUGUUGGUGCAGACAUUUACCUUAGUAACAUUCACCUUCCAAAAAGCCUAUCUAUUGCUAAGAUUUUUCAUCAUUCAGCUCCUGCCUUCUGAAAUGUAAUAUAUUUUUUGAUUUCUCAAAAAUCAGCUUGAGGAUAAUAUUUAGCCACAGAACUACUUAUUACAUAUAUGCCCAGAUAAGUAUUUUUCAUUCAUAAUUGGUACCUUUUAAGGUUGAAUUCCCACGUCCUUCAUUUUAACAUGUGAAUGUGUUAUAUUUAUUGGUGCAAAACAAAAAUCAGUUCUUAUUAGUAUUACUAUUUAUGCAGAGACUGUUUUGAAUCAGUCCUAAACAUCUGAUACUUUGUUUGAAAGUGAACUGAAAUGUAAUGUAAUAUUCUAAAAUCCAAUUCUAUUGGAAGAAAUGACCCCAAAGUGGUAGAGUGUCAUACUUAUGUAAUAUUGAGAAUAUUUUAGGAUAUUUCAACUUCAAGAUGUUAGAUUAUUUGUUGGAACUCAUUUUUUUAUCCUAAAAUUUGAGUUUUGUGUGGAAACUAUAAAGUUGGUAAUAAACUAAUAAAAUAUGUAGGUUUCGGGGGGUUGGUAAAGAUAUUGCAUGUUUUAAAGAUGAGGAUAAGUUGUUCAGAAGAAAAAUGUCUAAUGUCAAAGAAAUUUGGAGAAAGAGGAAAGAUAUGUGAAUAAUUCAAAAUAAUGGGACAUAAGAUGUUUAGAAAUUAGCAUAAAAUGGGCAGUGUUUGUAAUAAUAUUGAUAAAAGCAAAAUAUACUUUAAAAAUUAAGAGUUUCAGGUUAUGGAAUUUUUAAACUUUAAACCCAAAAAAAGACCAGAUUAAAGGACUGUGAGUUUUUAGUGCACGUCUUUACUCAAAGAAUAAUGUAUAUUUACAUUUCUUGAAGCUUCAAUUAGGGAUCUGAUUUAUCUUUUUUUUCUGGUAAAGUGUUCAUCCCUCUAGAAAGCACGCUUAGUUACUUUUAUAGGGCAUCUUUAGAUAUUGUUGUAAAAUGCAUGUGAAAUUAUCCCAUCAUUUCAGAUGGAAAUGUAGUGGUGAAAGAUAAAGUUUUUGUUUUGUUUUUAAACCUACCAUUCAAUUUAUAGAAAUCAUUAUAAUGAUAAGCUAAGAAAGAAGCUUUGUCUUCCUAAUGUUAUGAAGUUAAGUUCGUUUCAAUUUGGGGUAUGUAAACUUUCUAUACCCUUUUGUCCCUGUUCUUUAAUGAACUUUUUAAUUUUUGUGACACUUAUAGCUCAACUUCACUAAAAUAUAUAUGAUAAAAGAGCAAGAUAAAGGAUUUCUUUUUAAAACACAGUAUUUAGAAUUACCUUUUUGAUCAUUUUAACAUUUGGGGUCAGAAAAUAUCGAGUGUACUUAUCCAAAGGAUCUGGCCCUUUAUUCACAGUAUUUACUUGUUUCUCCUAAGAGAGCAUCAUUUAAAAAUUCUGAAGUAAUUUUCCUAAGUAGUAUGUAGUUCAUUUUCUAAAAUUAGAAAAGUGGGAAAUGGAAAAUUGAUCUUGCCCAAUUUUUCCCCCAACUUACUGUUUAGAGUUUAGAAUCCAAGGUGACUAUACUUCAAAUAUCAAUAUGUGGGUUUUUUUUUUAAUUUGAGGUCUUGAGACAAAUAUUUUUUAAUCUGGUGCCAAAGGUUAUGGUUUUUAUCGUUAUGAUUUACUUAGGUUUUUAAAAAAAAAAAUAAAACAUUUACUAAAUCUUUUUUUUUAAGAUCAAAAUAUAGCGUUGGUGGUUGUUCAUUUUUGCCACAAGGAUUCUUGGAUAUUUUAGUAUACUUUGGCCAAAUAUGCUUUUAUAUAAUCAAUUAAUGUUUAUUUUGCCAUGAGUACCCAUAUAUCUUAUGUCAUAAGUAUGACACAAUCAAAUCUACUUUAAAGGAGAGGAUAUUUCUCUGCAUAAAGAAUCAAGAAUCAAUAUUUUUACCUUUGUAAGCCAAAAUGAGUAUUAUAUUAAAAUUGAUUUUAAUUGCACUUAUUAUGACCUGAAACUAUUUAAAUUAUUGGGUUACUAUCACUUGCAUGACUUAGAGCUGAAUGCUAUUUUCAUUAUAAUUACAUUACAAAUCAAUGUAAGUAAAAGCAGGGAAAAAAAAAUUACUCUUGAAAUUUUGUUUACAAGUGAAAGUGUCUUUAAUCUGUCCUUGGUUGAAAGUAGAAACAAAACUCUUCAAUUUCUAGAAUUGCAAAAAGGCAGAAAAUAAUAUCUUAGGUUGUAUUUUUGAAGUAUAACUUUAUAAUUAUUCAAAUUACAAAAGAUUUGAUCAUGCAUUUUUCUUUUUUUUUUGGUGAGGCAGUUGGGGUUAAGUGACUUGUCCAGGGUCACAGAGCUAGUAAGUGUUAAGUGUCUGAGGCCGGAUUUGAACUCAGGUCCUCCUGACUCCAGGGCCGGUGCUCUAUCCACCGCACCACCUAGCUGCCCCUUGAUCAUGCAUUUUUAAGUGAGUAGUUUGGAAAUGAGGGUAACCAUUAAUGAAUUUGUUAAUAGAAAGUAUGAUACUUAUAAACACAUUUUUCCUCUGUGCUGAAAUACAUCUAUAUACUUAAAAGUAUUUUGUUGAUCUUUUAAUCAUAAAAUAAUUUAUACAUUUUGAAACCUGUUAUUAGCUGAUAAACUUAUAAUAUUGUAUACAUUUAAAAGUUUUUUAUUUUAUAAAAUCACUUCUAUGUAUGCAGAUUUCAUUUCAGUAUUAAUUCCAAUUUCGUGAUAAUAAUGUUGGAAAUACUUGUUGAUAGUUAAUUCUUUUAACUUUACUUUGUGGGACAAAUACCAGGGUCAUGUCCUAGAGUAGUAAAUAAAAUGAUAACAUUACCCAUUCAUAAAGAAUGUAUAACAUUUAGAUAUUACUUUUUGCUGCUAUAUUUUGUAUGGAUCAUUUUUUGUCACCUUUGCAUGCAUGAAUGUAGCAUUAUCCAUAGAUUAGCCAUAACUACAUCUAUUGCUUUUGGCAGGAAAUCAAGAUCUAAUUGUAGUUUUCCAGCCAUGAAAGUGUUGCCUUGUUCUUAAGAUUUCAUGAAUGGAAACCUAAGCAAAACUAAGCCCAUCAGUGAACAACUUAUUUUCUUCACAUGUGCUUCCCCUACCCCCAACUUCCUCAAAGGGGGGGUGGGGUUUUUUUUUGACUAGGAGAAUCUUAAAAAAUAAGAACUGCUUUCUUUAAUAUAUCUACAGUAAAUGUUGUACCAGAGGUUUUAUUUUCUUCUAUAGCUUUUAAGAAAGAGCCUAUCUUGGAUUUGUAAAUCACACUCAAACUUUUUGAUGUUCAUAUACUCAUACAUCUUGUAGAUAUGGUAGGCGUAAGUUUUGUGUGUUAAAAUGAACUUUAAAAGCAUGUUGAUUCACUUACUCUCUUUGAAGUAAGAGGUGAAGGAUUAUGGCAUUGCUAGUUCAUGAUACUAGAUUUAAAGGUCUGUCAGCACUUCCACUGUAAACUCCAUUUUAAUGGAUUUAUAACUUUAAUAAUCCAGAUGUAAUCAUUGGAAGUAUUUAAUAUGCAAUAGAUAGCACCUUAACUAAUCUGCAUAUGAAGGGUUUUCAGAUGCAUUUAUUAAGAAGUGUAGAAGCUCUUCAAGCAUUAAACAAGAGUUGACAUUUAUUUCAUUUAUUUUCUAUGUCAAAGAAUCCACUCUUAUGUGGAAUUGAAAUCUGUUACAAAUAAUAUAUUUGGGCUUAUUCAUGUUAGAAGCUUCCAGAUGUUUUGUAUUUUGAAGUAUGAAAAAUUGCUGCAGAUCCUAGAAUGUGUAUAUUUAGCAGGUAUGCAAAAGAUAUAAACAUUAUUUAUAACAGAAGAGUACAUACUUGUCUUAUUAAAAAUACUGUAGUAACUUGUACACGUUUUUGAAGGUACAAAACUCACAAGUAUAUUUAAAUAUUGUAUAAUGUGACACCUAAUUUAUGUAAUCUGAUGCAUGAAGAAUCAGAAUUUUUAUAUUGCAUACAAUAAGUAUUGAUUUAUUAUAGUUGAUUAAAGUGUAUAAUCUUAAUAUAAUCAUCUAUAAUUUUAUUUAAUUGCAUGUCUAAAAUAUUAAUAAAUUUCCAAAGUACAUCACAGUAGCUUUUUUCUUUUAGUUUAAUAUAUACAUUAGUUAUGUUUCUUAUUCAUUAUGUUUGUAUAGAGUUUUAAUUUGAUCUCUUCUGUAAGAAUGAGUAUAAAUAUGAAAGCAUUUGAAAAGGAUUUAAGAGAACAAGUAAAUCAUUCACCUACAUAUCUCCUUUGCAGUAUGUACAUGAACCUUUAGACACUUCUGUUUGGAUAAAACAUCAAAUUUUUCAUCCUACACUAGUAUGGAAGUACAGAUUAAACAAAUUUAUGAAUGUUAUUCAAACACAAUAGUUAAAAAAUUAAAUUCACAGAACUUAAAGUACUGUAUUUUGCAUAUUUCAUAGGAUCAUAGAUUUAGAAUAGUAUAGGACCUUAGAGACCAUAGAGUCCAACCCCCUGGAAAAACUUAGAAAACUGAGGCUAAGAAAUAUUAAGUGACUUGCCAUAAUCAUGUAAAUGAUCACAAGUGUUUAAGGUAGGAUUUGAACUUAGGUCUUCUUGACUCCAAGCCUAGCACUCUGUCUAUUAUACUAUUACCAGUUAUCUCUAAGCUAGAAAAAUUAGGUUGUGAUUGAAUGUACUUUGAAUAGUUUAACUGAAAAGAUUUGAAAAGUUGUCAGUUAUAAUACCUUGCAUUUUAUAUAGCAAGUUGCAAUUUAGUGUUCCAGUGUAUAUGGAAUACUAAAAUACUUAAAUCUUGAAAAAAACCUAGUUUUCAUUGGCUCCAUCAAAAAAAGUAAUAGAGGCACACUACCAAGUUAGUUUUUCAACAUUUAGAAGAUGAAAGCAAACACAGUAAUUAGAGAUUUUUCAGUGGAAAAUUAUGUAGAAAGAGAUAAUAGGGGAUCAUUGACCCCUCCCCCCAUGAAAAAAUGUACUGGUUCCCCUUUUACAAUUUUAUUAUUCCUAUUAUUGUUGAGGCCAUCAUCUUCCUCCCAGUCAUCCAGGCUUGUAACCUAGAUGUCACCCUCAAAUCCUCACUUUCAUACCUCCCCCAUAUCCAGUGAGUUGCCAAGUGCUAUAGAUUCUGUCUUUCUAACAUUUCUCAUAGUCACUCACUUUUUUCUUCUGACACUGCCACUAUACUGGUGCAGGCCUCCAUCACUUCAUUAUAAGAUGACUGCAAUAGCCCUUUUCACACUCCAGUCUCUCAUCCACUCAGUUUUCAAGGUACAGAUCUGACCAUGCCACCCCCUUAUUCAGUGGCCCUCUGUCACCUCCAGUAUCAAAUGUAAAAAUCUUUUGACUUUUAAAGCCCUUCAUAACGCAGUCCCUUCCUAUUUUUCAAGUGUUCUUAUAUCUUACUCCCCUCCAAUAACUUUGCUAUCCAGUGACACUGAUCUUAUUGCUGUUCUCACAUAAGGCACUCCCAUCUCCCAGUCCCACCUAUUUUCUCUAGCUCCCCAUUCCUUGAGUGCUCUCCCUCAUCUCCAUUCCCUGGCUUCCUUCUGGCUGAAAUUCUUCCUCGUGUCAUUCCUUUGAUGUAAUUUAUCCAUCUAUAUCUAAUCUAUACAUAGUUUUUUUCAUGUUGUUUCCCAAUGAGAAUGUGAAUACUCAGAGCAGGGAUUGUCUUUUGCUUUUUUAUAUACCCAGUGCUUACUUAGCAUGGUUCAUGGUACAUAGGUGCUUAAUAAAUGACUAUUCAAUAUUGUCUGUUGAAUAUUUCAUAAAAUAAAUUCAUUGACUGAAGCUUGGAAAUCUUUUGUGUUAUUCAGAG